AGAGAGGAGAGAGGAGAGGGUGUCCCGUCUGCGCGGAGCACAGACAGACAGCAGGGAACAGCUGCAGCGUUAGGUUCGCAUAGGAUUUCACUGCAUUGCGAUUUUAAGAUAUCAAUCAUUUCAUCCCCAAAAAACCCCGAGUAGAGCAUUUCGACUAAAAGCAACCAAACCUCAAUUAAAAAAAUGGUCGAUCGCGAGCAGCUGGUGCAGAAAGCCAGGCUGGCUGAACAGGCUGAGAGAUAUGAUGAUAUGGCUGCUGCUAUGAAAUCGGUAACAGAGCUGAACGAGGCCUUGUCAAACGAGGAGAGGAACCUCUUGUCUGUUGCCUACAAGAACGUGGUCGGUGCCCGCCGCUCCUCCUGGAGGGUGAUCUCCAGCAUUGAGCAGAAGACCUCGGCCGAUGGCAACGAGAAGAAGAUAGAGAUGGUGCGAGCCUACAGGGAGAAGAUUGAGAAGGAGCUGGAGGCCGUGUGCCAAGAUGUGCUCAACCUUUUGGACAACUUCCUGAUCAAGAACUGCAGCGAGACGCAGCAUGAAAGCAAAGUGUUCUACCUGAAGAUGAAGGGCGACUACUACCGGUACUUGGCUGAGGUGGCCACGGGUGAGAAGAGGGCCACGGUGGUGGAGUCAUCGGAGAAGGCCUACAAUGAGGCCCACGAGAUCAGCAAGGAGCACAUGCAGCCCACCCACCCCAUCCGCCUGGGCUUAGCUCUCAACUACUCUGUGUUUUACUACGAGAUCCAGAACGCCCCCGAGCAGGCCUGUCAUCUGGCCAAGACCGCCUUCGACGACGCCAUCGCCGAGCUCGACACCCUCAACGAGGACUCCUACAAAGACUCCACUCUCAUCAUGCAGCUGCUCCGAGACAACUUGACACUGUGGACAAGUGACCAGCAGGAUGACGAGGGAGGGGAGGGAAACAACUAAAGAGAAACCACACUUCGAAAAAAAUAUAUAUGAAGGGCCGGUGGACUUUGGCAGCAGCUUUUGCCGAUGAUACUACCGCAGCAGCAGUUCUUUAUUUUUCCAUGUGUUAAAAGAAAAGAAUCAAAAGAGAGGUGAGAGUGGAGGUUAAAUCUUAGUUUAAAUAUAUAUAGAAAUAUAUAUACAGUUGAAAGGGGCCUCCGUCUUCUUGAUUUUCUCUUUGACAUUUGCCAAAACCACUGAUAUGUCAGUCAAUCAGCCUGAAGUGGUUGUUGUUGGAUUGAAAUGGCAGCCUCACACUGGCAUAGGAACUGGUCUUGCUCUGUCAAGAUAAGCUGCUUAGUUAGGUUUUUGCGUGAUAAGAGAUGCAUUUGAGUCACUUGAGAGAGAAAAUGCUUGAAUGGGAAUGCCUCACAAAACUAGUUUGCAUUGGUUCCAGUCGUAGUCUAUAAAUGAGAAAAAAAUGGCCCUGAACGCUAUUGAUCUUAAUCUCACAAUGACAAUGAGGAAAGAAGAAGUUUUUAAACCGAUUAGUCUUCUCCCCCCCCCCACUCCCAAAAGAACAUUUUAGAGGAUAAAUUAUAUUAGAGUUAAAAAAAGAGGUUGAAAUACCCUGAUCCCCUACCUUCUGUCUGAAGUGUAUUUGGCUUCUCACAGAUUAGUCUGUUAUGUCACUGGAACCAUAGAUUCUUUUGGAGGUGAAGAUUAUAAAAGGCAGAGACUUAACAAUAUAAAACAAAAUUAAAAAAAGACAAAAAAUAAAAAUAAAAGCAGCUUCAGAGUUUGUGGUUUACUUCUGUGUUUGUUUUAUUAAAUGCACUUGCCUACUAUACUGUUUCUUCAGUGUAAGAUGAUGACAACAAUACUAUCGAUUAAUCAAUAUUGUGCAUGCUGGUGAUGUAUUUAUAUACAGUAGCUUGACUUUAUUAACUUAUACUGUGGGUGUUAAGUAUUCAUAUGAUUGAGAAAAACAGGCUUUGUCAGAUGUUGAUUUCUAAUUUAUUUAUUUUUUUGUUAUGGUUUUUGAUUUGCUGAACCAAAAUGGUGAUCGUAAAAAUUGACCUGUAAUGGGCGUUGCUAUAGUGACAUGCAAUAUGUGUAUUUAAUUUGUUAAUGAAAGAAAAAAAAAGGAAGAUUAAAGAAAAAAAAAACUCACCGGUGAUCACUUAAUCUUAGCAGCUGGUGUUUGUCACAUUGAAGUAUGAUUAUGAUCUGUUUUUUGUUCUUUGAACAGUAUUUCAGUACCUUUUUUCUUUUCAUGUCAUGCUAUCCAGUUUGAUUAAUGGUGACGUUUUCAGGCUCAGUGUUUCUGUUAUGAAUUCACAAACAUGGACCAUAUUUAUUUCUGACAGUAUACAUUUCUGUUUGUUUGUUUUUAUACAUUUUAGCUGUUCCUGAGUGACAAAAUAUCUUGAAUGUGAGUCAUUAUGUAGCAGUUGCACAAGAACCGAAAUAAUAGCUAUGAUAAUAAAAAAGAAUAUGACUAAAUAAUACAUGCACCAUUUCUGUGGUGGUCUAGUGUAUUGUUGUAUCGUCACUAAUUCAAAUAUAAUUAUGUUUUUUUGGGGGAACCAUUUAAAAAAACAAAAAAAAAAAACACUUUGCUUUGUUUUGCUGAGUCCAGUAUGUGCUUUCUUUGGCGCCUGUAUUAUGAUUUAAAAUGCCUCAUUUGCAAAUCAACCUUUACACACACAAAAAAAGAUAUCCGCCAGUGUUCAAGGAUCCUGCAAGCAUGGUGCAAGACUAUGAUGUCCUUCAAUGGUUCCUCACUUGUAUGUGUGUACUGCUCUCUGUACAGCACAUAGACAUGAAUAUUCACCACUAUGCACACAUAGAGUUCAACACAAUCACUUAUUGACUACUGAUUCUUCACCUCUUCAGAACAAACUUCGAUCACUACCGAGCUCCUUAUACGAGCACAGAAAGCUGCUGCUGCUAGUUCUAAUAUUUAUAGAUUAUAAAGUUAAUAUAUUCAUACAGAUGGCAGUUUUAUUUUAAACUCUUUUAUGUUUUAUCUCACAUGUGGUGGCUUAAAAGAGACAAAAAAAACAACAACCAAAAAGCCUUAAGGUCAGUCACACAAAACCUCCUUCAUGUAUGCCAAUUAUGUCACCGUCAUGAGUCAGCCUCCAUGAGCUCACACUGUAUGUCACAGCUGCUUUGAUUUAUUUUUAAACAUGGUAUGAAGUUGAUGGGGCUGAAGCCUGGCCAGACAAAUAGCAUGACAUCCUGAAACCACUCUGCACCACUCUCUACAGAUAGAAUGAGACGAGUCCAAUCCUACACUUGGAUUUAUUUAUGUUUGAAAGAAAGUGGAAACUGAAUCUCUCUCACUUUUGUUGCUUUGAAUAUUUUUGAAGAAGAAAAAAAAAGAUAAGAAGCCAUGUCAGUAGACUUUCCCUCAUUGCCAAGAAUACAUGCAUUGUGUUACUUUACAAUUAUUAUAGUUUUCACUGUGGUUUGUGUUUUGAUUUUAAAGUUUUCAUUUAUUUGGAUGUUAAUCCUAAAACAUACAAAUAUGAGAAAUGAGGAGAUUAGAAUUCGAUUUUAAAUCAGAUUAGACUGAAGAAGAACUGGAAAUUAGCGAGCGGAGGUGGUGUUAGCUGAAAAUGGUUUACAAUCUGUAUGCUCUGAGGAUUUUUUUGUUGCCAUCUGUUGCCCAUUAAAGUUAUUUGUUUAUCAGUA